GGGCCGACUUUGAAUUCAAGUAGGCUCGUGAGGAACGACGUCUUCCUUCUAUCAGCGGUCUGCCUACUAGUACAGACCGCUAGCUCGGAGAAGGCUCUCGACUACUUAUCUUUUGACAAUUUGCAAGCUCUUAAGCUCCUCGACGAACGUGUUCCGAACCAGUGUCGUGCUCAGCGGCCGUACAACAACUAUAUACCGACGUUGCCGGAUGUCCUUCCCUCAACUUAUUGGAUACAGUGUGCUUACCCUUACAGUAUGGAAGCUCCUUCAGAGAUGGGCUUCCAGAAAGGCAAACACCAUAAAUGUUGCAGGCCCAGAAAAAGAGCACUGGUGGAAAGGCAACUUGGAGUCAAUGUUCGUGGACGGUUUUCAGCGCUGCUUAGAGGUCGCCGCAGAUUAUGGUGGAGCUGUUAAGAUCCAUGCAUUGUUUGGAGAAGAAUGGCUAUAUGUAUCAGACCCACGCGCGCUCCAUCAUAUCCUUGUCAAGGAGCCGCAUAUCUUUGAGGAAAGUGACAGCUUUAUAUCUUGCAAUAAGCUCAUCUUCGGAGAUGGUCUUAUUUCGACGCUAGGGGAACAACACCGAAAGCAGCGUAAGAUGCUCAGUCCAGUAUUCUCGACAUCCAAUAUGCGGGAGCUCCUGCCCAUCAUUCAAACCGUUUCCUAUGAGCUGAAAUCCAUCCUCGUGUCAAAUCUUCCUACCCACAACUCUGUAGAACUCGACGUCUUACCUUGGCUCUCUCGCAGUUCAUUGGAUUGUGUUUGCGAGGGCGUGCUGGGCUAUCAUUCAGCUGCGCUAGACAUACGAAAUGAGGACGAGUACACAGAUGCUCUACGAAUGAUAGGUCCAUCCAUCACUAAAACAUUGUUGUUUCGACCCCUUGUUCCGAUAGUUACGCGCAUUUUCUCUCUUUACUGGCGCAAAAAGAUAGUAGACUGGCUCACGAUAAGUUGGUUGCCGACGCAAGCCAUGCGAGAUUUUAGAGAGCUACGUCGCAUAAUCGAAAUCAUGGACUCAGGCAGUAGAGCCAUCUUGCAGGAGAAAAAGGCCGCGCUGGAAUCACCCUCCGCUAUCCUAUCACAAACCCAUGACACGCCAGGAGGAACAAGGGCAAAAGAUAUGAUGUCUAUCAUGCUCAGGGCAAAUGCCUCAUCUUCUGAGCCAGACAGACUAAGUGAUACCGAGCUUCUUGGACAGAUGAACGUCAUGAUCUUUGCUGGUCUCGAGACAACGACGGCAGCAGUGGCUCGUGCACUGUACAUGCUUGCCAAGCACCCUCAUAUCCAGGAACAACUGAGAGCGGAGAUUUGUGAUGCCAUGGCUGAAGUCCCUGACGUCCAUUCGCACGCCAAAGAUGAAAGCGAAUCUACCAGACUGUCAUACGAUGCAUUGACGAAUCUUCCUUUACUGGAUGCAGUUGUUCGAGAGACGUUUAGGCUUUAUCCGUCGCUGCCUGUUCUCAGUCGAAAAACUACAGAAGCAACAUCAUUCCCAUUGCAAUUCCCGGUUCGGUCUGCAUAUGGCGAAGAGAUCAAUACAGUCCCUGUGGCCAAAAAACAAAAACUGAUCAUAUCCAUCAUUGCUGCGAAUCACAAUCAAGCUAUCUGGGGCGAAGAUGCGUCAGAAUGGAAACCCAGUAGAUGGCUUGACUCUUCUCAAGGGGAUGAAAACGCAGUGAGAUAUCCGGGCGUUUAUUCGUCUAUGAUGACCUUCCUUGCAGGCAAUCGCUCUUGCAUAGGCUUCAAGUUUGCCGAAAUGGAAAUAAAGGACGUAUUGGCGACUCUUCUGCCAGACAUCCGUUUUGCCCUCCCGUCAGCACCGGACAACAACGGGAAUGUGAAGGAGAUAUACUGGAAAAUGGGUGGCUUCCACAUACCAGUAGUCAAGGCGCCUGCAGGAGAUGGUCAAACUCCUCAAUUGCCUUUGAGCAUGCAGCUCAUUCGAGAAUGAUUUUAUUGCCAACCGAUCGAUCAUUUGAAUAGUUGGUCUCAUGAGUGAUUUGGACAUAAUGGCUCAGAGCAUCGCAGUUUUGGGUGGUAUAACUUAAGAGGAGACCACGUGAGGUUAAGGGGCAUGGGAGUAUUAUGAUGAUCGGUCGUUUGAUCGCUCAUUGCCACGUUUAUUCCAUGACCUCUGCGGUAUCAUUUAUACCUGGGUUCGGCACUGUGCUUGACAGUUCCGAGACGAGCAUGUAUGAGUCUCACAGACAUACACAUCGUAGAUAGAUUACA